AUGCCUCGUCCAAAGGUCCCGGCGCACCAGCGACAGCGAGUGGCCGAAGCUUGUAACCAUUGCCGCGAAACCAAGAGGCGGUGCACUGGCUCGCCGCCAUGUACUCAAUGCCUCCGCCGUGGACUCGCCCAGCAAUGUUAUGUCACGUAUGCGCCCCGUGGUUCCCGAGCAAGGGCGAGAAGGCAGCUUGACGCCGCUGUCGACUCCUCGUCGCAGUUCCCACAGAGGAUGUCGGUUUCUGCCGCAUCUGCAGGUGUCGUAGCCUCGUCGGAAGGGGACGAGACAGAGUCUCCCAACCAGGCCUCGCAGAGAAGACUGUCGCUGGUCGGUUCGUCAAACUUUCAGCCCUUGUCGCCGUCUGAUUCUCGCCCCGACUCCGAUGCUGGGGCAUCUCCCUCCAUUGUUCAAACGUCGCGAAUGCUAUUGAACCUUCGUGUCUUUAUCGGCGGUGCUGCGUCAAUAUCCUUUCUUCAAACGGUGCGCGGGUUGGUGGCAGAGCAAAUUGGGCCCUCACCAUUCUCACACAAUGAAAAGAGCGAGACAAUGCUAGAAGUCGAGUCUCCCCGAACCAUUAGGGACUCUCAGCCAGAUAUCCGUGACCCUGAACUGUCGGAAGAGCAGAGAUUAAAGUAUUUGCGGUGCUAUUACGCUGUGACAGAAGGUUUCCUCCACGUAUUUGACUCGACACAACUUGAAGAUCUGAUAAAAUCCAAUGGACAGGGGACUAAUAAGGACUCGAGAACGAAGCUUCCUCUGAGACAAGCCGCAGUCGAUCUUGUCAUUGCCAUUGGCGCCCAGUCUGAAUCUCCCUCAACCGCAAGGUCGGUAGGCCAAUGGUACUUUGCCAAGGCACGUGAGCGCGCUUUCGCUUCGUUCCUCGAGGACCCUGAUCUAGACAUGGCCAGGACUUUUCUGCUCAUGGCCUUUUAUAUGCUCGGUGAAUGCAGAAGGAAUUCGGCAUUCAUGUACCUGGGCGUCGCUGUGAAGGCAGCUUUGGCGCUUGGGCUACAUAGCCGAGCAUCGUUUGCACAGAAGCCAGGGCCUAUGGACGUGGUGAGACUCCGCGUAUGGUUGAGCAUAUGCGUCCUCGACAAGCUCGUUAAUUCGAUCCUCGGACGACCUUCUACCACUGCCAGAAUCGAUUCAAAUAGCGAGUCCCUUCUCGAAGACGUCAACGAGCCUCUCGACAACACUACAGACUGGCUAGUAGCAUCAAAUAACAUUGUAACCAUCAUCAAUGAAGUCAAAGACAAGAUCUAUGAUCAAAAGGAGAUCACAACUUCCGUCAUUGAGAACCUUCUCCAGGCAAUUGAUCGCUGGAAACGGGAUUUACCGAAGUCUGUCGGUGGAAUGAGCUUGACAGAGGAUCAACAGUCUGGAGCCAUGCAAAGCGGUGUCAUCGCCAAGAUGCACAUUUCAUGCCUCUACUAUUUUGCGGUUACGCUAGUUACCCGGCCCAUUUUGAUGUCAACACUUGCGUCGCAGCCGCCGAACGAAAAUGUUCCGUCUCAGCUGGCCACAGCUUGCCUUGAGGCGGCAAUGUACCUAUCCCAAACAUGUCUUGAAGCACUCAACGCUGGCCUGCUUCAGGGAAACAUGUGCAUCAUGAAGGCCCUUAUAUUUGCCGCUGGAUUGGUUCUUGGGUUCAAGGUUUUUGCUAAGAGAUCGGUGGAGGAGGAGAUCGAAGGGGCUUUUCACGGCUCCAAAGAAGUACUGGAGUUUUUAUCGGCGCAGAGCCCCCAGGCAGCUCAUUAUCUGGAGAUUCUCUCGUCUCUGUCCAGUGCUAUCUCUAGAAGACGGGCAAGCGAACCUGGCACUAGGAAGAGCCGAUAUGUUUCCAAGCUCUUCAGCCUAGCCUCCUCGCCAGCGCACCAGGAAGCGCAGCCCCAAGACGAGGAGAUUUAUUCAAACCAAACCCUGUUCGGCACACCUCGCCUGGAAGACACCAAUUGGUCGUUCCCUGAAAUAGACAGCGGUGAACUCAACCUGGAUUGGGACAGCCUGAAUAUUUCUCAGUGGGACAGUUUUCCCUUUGUCUAG